GUGUGCUUUGAUAACACAGUGAGUGAUGUCGUGGGACAGGUGGGGCCCAGUGUGGUCACCUCUGAUAAAGGUGUCCCGUGUCAUCAGCAACAGGCAUCAGCUGUCCUCGGGUGUGGCUCCCUCUACAGGUUGUCCCAGACCACUGCAUAUCUUUCUCUCUCAAUCAGGCUCUAUACUCAGACGAGAGGUUGUGAAAGAAGCGAGCAGUGAAGUGAGGUGACUCACCUGAAUUCAGAGAAAACCCGAGAACUUGACGUCUGGAUCUGAGAAGGGGCUCGUUGGAGGAGGAGACGUCCUGUCCUCUUGUUGCUUUUUCCGCACAAGUAUACGCACUUUGUUGCCGCCUGUUCAUCUAAUCAAAGCAAAGAAAUACCACAAAGAAUCAACUUUAUUGAUCCUAAGACCCUUUCCCCUCUUUUUCUUCAGUUUAUGAAAACAUUUAAUCCACUAUAUUUAAUUAAAGGUGUUCAUCACCUAUCUUCUUGGACACCAAUUAUCCACAACAUGUAAAAAAUAAAAAAUAAUUUCUAAUAAUAAUUUUAAAAAAAUGUUGCAAAUGCUCUUCAAGUGAUAUUGAAAUACUCACUUAAUAAUGACUUCCUCGACCUGUGGGGCGCGUCAUAGCUGCGUAGGGGGCGGAGCCACGGAGCGCGCGCCGGGGAGCGCACGGGACGCGCGGCCCCCUCCGGUGCUCUGUUGAUAACAGGCGGCUCCGUCCUGCUCACCGGAGGUUAUGGCUGAGGACUCCGCCAAGACGAGAGGCACCGCGGGGAUUAUUCUUCUUAUUAUUGUUUCAUGAGAGAGCAAAACUAUACGUUGGUGUUGAAUAUUCUCUCUACACAGCGGCUGCCAUGAGCGCUGAACCGACGAGGCGUUGAAAGCUGCCAGCAUGUCCCGCGCGCAGGUCGAGAUCCCAGGACGCGGGUUCCCGGGCCUCCCCGGGGACAUGGCGGACGAGCGGCUGUCCCGCGGGCCGUCCGUGCUGCGGGCGCACGGCCUGGGCGCGCGGAGGAACUCGUACGGGCUGCAGAAAAUCAGCAUGGACAUCGACUCGCCCCUGUACAGCGGCGUCCUCUCCAAGGCGCUGUCGUGGUCCGCGGAGAACAUCCCGACGCUGCCCGAGUCCAGGGCGGAGGAGGAGGAGGAGGAGGAGGAGAGAGCCGACGACCCUGCGCCGUCGCCGUCGCCGGUGUCCAGCGCGGGCACCGGCUCCGCCACGCCCCCGCGCAGCCAGGAGCCGCCCGGCGGCUCCGCGCCGAGGUCCGGCGGCCCGGACGCCGGCUCGGACUCCGAGAGUGAGCUGCACCACAGGCAGCGCAAGCGGUUGUCGCGCAUCACCUUCGACACCCAGUGGGAGCAGGAGCAGGAGGAGAAGGACGACUUGGACACCAAGGCGGUGGCGACGUCCCCCGACGGGAGAUAUCUCAAGUUCAACAUAGAGAUCGGAAGAGGCUCCUUCAAGACGGUCUAUAAAGGCCUGGACACGGAGACCACGGUGGAGGUGGCGUGGUGCGAGCUGCAGACCCGCAAGCUGACCAAGGCGGAGCGACAGCGCUUCAGCGAGGAGGUGGAGAUGCUGAAGGGCCUGCAGCACCCGAACAUCGUCCGCUUCCACGACUCCUGGAAGUCGAUGGUGAAGGGCCACAAGUGCAUCCUCCUGGCGACCGAACUCAUGACGUCUGGCACGCUCAAAACCUACUUGAAGAGGUUCAAGGAGAUGAAGCUGAAGCUGCUGCAGCGCUGGAGUCGACAGAUCCUCAAGGGGCUCCACUUCCUGCACACGCGCGCUCCUCCCAUCAUCCACCGGGACCUCAAGUGCGACAACAUCUUCAUCACCGGCCCCACCGGCUCCGUCAAGAUCGGAGAUCUGGGGCUGGCCACGCUCAAAAGUGCCUCUUUUGCUAAAAGUGUCAUUGGAACGCCAGAGUUCAUGGCCCCGGAGAUGUACGAGGAGAAGUACGACGAAGCGGUGGACGUGUACGCCUUCGGAAUGUGCAUCCUGGAGAUGGCCACCUCGGAGUAUCCGUACUCUGAGUGCCAAAACGCUGCCCAGAUCUACCGCAAAGUCACCAGUGGAAUGAAACCCGACAGUUUCUACAAAGUCAAAGUCCCAGAGCUGAAGGAGAUCAUUGAGGGCUGCAUUCGUAUGAACAAAGAUGAGAGGUACACCAUUCAGGACCUGCUGGAGCACCCCUUCUUCCAGGAGAACAACGGCGUGCACGUGGAGCUGGCGGAGGAGGACGACACGGUGAAGUCGGGCCUGAAGCUGUGGCUGCGCAUGGACGACACCAAGAAGCUCCACGGGAAGUACAAGGACAACAACGCCAUCGAGUUCCUCUUCGAGCUCUACAAAGACGUGCCCGAGGAGGUGGCUCAGGAGAUGGUCGUGCUCGGCUUCGUGUGCGAGGCGGACUUCAAGCUCGUGGCCAAGGCCAUACGGGACAGGGUGUCGACCAUCAAGCGGCAGAGAGAGAAGCUGCGCCGGCAGGCGGAGGAGAGGAAAAAGAAGACGCAGGAGCAAGAAGCAAUCGAGGAAGACCCCGAGCCGCGGCUCCUUUCGCCCAGAGUCGGCGAUGUGGUCGCAGCGGAGUCUCCCACCCGAGCCCUGACACCUCCGGCCCCCGUCUUGUCCCCCGUCACGAGCUCCGUGGACUCGGGCGUCAGCUCCAACUACCCCGCAGAGGCGGAGGAGCCCGAGGCGGACCAGCACCACCACCUCCGCCACGACAGCCUGUCCUCUGCUAACUCUGACUGCGAGACGGAUGGCUAUCUGAGCUCCUCUGGGUGUCAGGAUCCGCUGGAGGCCGGAACCUUCAACGCGCCCGCGACCCCUCCCACCACGCACACUGACAACCCGGCUGCAAACGGCGUCCCCAUGCCAGCCCUGCGCUUCCCCUCCAGCAUCGCAGUAUCCAACAACACCGAACAUGGCAACUCCGGACCCCCGAGUGGCUUCAACUCCCCCGUGGACAGCUACGCCUCCGAUGUGACCUCGGGCCUGAGUGACGGCUACGAGGGCCUGUCGGAGAAGAGCGAGAAGACGGCCGACAGGCGAACGGCGGCAAAGCUGUUCAGGAGGAGGGCGCGCUCAAGGCUGCGCAUCACCGGGCUCUCUGACAAAGUGGACCGGGUGGUGGAGUGUCAGCUGCAGACGCACAAUGACAAGAUGGUGACCUUCAAGUUCGACCUGGAUGGAGACAACCCCGAGGACAUCGCUGCUGUCAUGGUGCACAAUGAGUUCAUCCUGCCGUCGGAGAAGGAGGGCUUCAUCCACCGCAUGUGCGACAUCAUCAAACGGGCGAAGGCUCUGAUGUCCAAGGACCAGCCGGUCCACUCCGGCAGCCACCGACUGCCCCAGCCUGCCUUCCACAGCGGGGUCAACUCGUUGUCUUCCUCGCAGCCCAAUCUGCACAGUCACCCUUUGCCUCGAACGCACUCGUCCUCCUCUCUGCCUGACUUCGGUCUGGCUAACCCGAGCGCAGGGGUGCGCGGCUCUCCCCCGUGCCCCAACGGAGACAUCUUCGGGGCAGACGCUACUUCAUCCGCGCGACCUCUCAUGCGCUCGCAGUCUUUCCACAACGCGCCAGGGUCUCCACUUCACUACCAGCACCAUCACCACCCUGCGUCUCUGCUGCCCCACCACCAGCACUACCACUUGCCCUUCAUGGGCCACACGCAAUUCCCGUUCCCAUACCCCGGCUCUCCGGGUUCCCCCAAGCCGGCAGGGAUCCACCCUCCCCUCACGCGCGUGGCCAGUAACCCCACCUUCCCUUCCGCUCCCUCCCCCCCCUCCGGGUCCCCCGGUCCUCCGAACGAGACCCCGGGCCCUGGCGGCAACGACAGCAUCACCCUGUCCACACCUGCCCCUCAGCAUCCAAACAUGUGGCCCUCCCACACACAGCCCCUGUUUUCCUUGGCUAAUGUCAUCUCCAUGGCCAUGAGCAUGGCUCAGUCGUUCAUCCCUCCUGCGAGCCUGCCCACCCAGGGGAUCCCCUCCUUUCCGGGCUUUCACCCCCAGUUGUCAGGUUACCCCUACUCACAGCAGCAUUACCAAAGCCAACCAGUAGAGGCCCCUUACCCCACCGUGGGGCAGAACAAUAUCUACCGCAGCCCGGAGAAUACACCUCAAAUGGACGCAUCCGGUUUCCCUCACAGCAGUCCCCCAAGCUGGCCUCAUUCUCUCUCUCCGCCACCCAUGGCUUCCACUCCUCCGCCGACUCCGCAGGUUUGGCUCUCCAGUCCCCCCAGUCCCCCCGGCCCGACCCAGGAGGACAGUCUCCACAGUUAUGUGCCUCCGUGCACAACACAGUUUCCGGCCCAGGUCCAACCUGAACCGCCACAAGUCUCCAGUUCCAACUCCUCCUCCUCGUCCGACCUUUCCCCGUCGCCCCCCGAGAGCCCCGAGAGCACAUUGUCGUCCUUCAGCCCUCAGCUGCACCCGCCCGUACCAGAGAUGAAUGUCAGCGUCCCAAACCUGAAAACGUCCGCCGUUAAAUCAGAAGUCCAGCCUGCAUCAGUGACCGUGGGGCGAUUCCAGGUGACGCCGAGCAUCGACAUCCCAGCGCCCGCGUUGCCUGUGUCCGCUGUACCUGCUGCCCUGCAGCCUGCGGUCAGCAGCAGCAGCACGCCGUCCGAGAGCAGCACAGAGGAACAGGGGGAGUCAGAGACCAGCCUGGGCACCUCCCUCACCAUGUCCCCCCCUCAUCCACAUCCUCAGAGAGGGUCCGCAGCCGUCCUGCAGGAGGUGGAAGGGCAGCCGGCAUGGGCCGGAAGCAGCCAGGAGGAGGAACAGCAGCAGCAGCAGCAGCAGGAGCAGCCAGAGCAGCCGGAGCCGCCGGAGCAGCAACGGGACAGAGGAGAGGAAGGGGAAGAGGAGGACGAGGAGAGAGGGGUCGUCGGGGAACGGCAGAGGACGAGAAAGAGGAGUCGCAGGAGAACGUGCAGCCUCAGCCUGAUGGGGACGUCGGCGGACAGCGGGCUCUCUCUGACAGCGGCCGAGACGGAGGGCAGGGGUGCGUGGGAUGGCGCGGCGGGCAGCCCGCUGCACACCAACGCCCUUCACCAUCUGUGGAUGAUGACCUACAGCCGCAGCGCUCCGUACCAGAGCAGCGACGACACGGACAGCGAGGACGAGGAAAUGCUGGAGGAGCUUCAGGAACUCAGAGAGAAACAUCUGACAGAGGUGCAGGACCUGCAGGCGGCCCAGAAGAAGGAGAUCGAGGAGCUGUACGAGAGGAUGGGGAAGGUUCCUCCGCCGGGCAUCGUCUCUCCCGCUGCCAUGCUGUCCAGCCGACAGCGCCGCCUGUCCAAGGGGAACGGCUUCCCCUCGUCCCGCAGGAACAGCCUGCAGCGCUUGGACAUGCUGCCUCUCCAAGGUAUCAUUAGGAGAAACUCCCUCGGAAGCAGCAGCAGCGGCUCUCAAGACAAACACAGCAAAGGGGUCACCUUUGCUACGGACAUCAGCAGAAUGUAGGACACGCUCAGCACGCUGUAUAUCUGGACUACCUCAUCUGAAGUGUGACGACAGCCGGUCGAACCAGGAGGACGCUCACUUCAACACUUUUCACACACGCACCGAUCAACGAUAUAACUUGCUUCCCUCUGCCAGUGGUCAUUUACCUCAACGUGUACAGGAACUGUCAUGGAUAAAAGCUGGGAACUGUCGCACUCAGUUUCCAGCCCCUCUGUCCUGGAAAAGAUUGUGAAUCUCUCUUGUAAAUAAACCGUCAGAGCCAAACGGUUCCAGCGUUGGUCCAGGCUGAUAUGGUACCUCGUGAAAUGUCCCGUCGCAGUUUUCUUUUUAAAUAUUUUUUUUAAGUGAUAUACAAAGUGCUGCAGAAUUGUGUGGCCUCGGGAGCCACGGCGACACUUCCUAUGACUUUGGGCCCAGAAUGACUAUAGUUUGCAGUUUUCCUGUUUUGACUCGCUGCCAUUAAAGGGGCAGUAAGCGAUUUUAAUCCAAUACACUUUUUUAUAAAUAUUUCCUCACAGAUAUCUGUUUUUUUCAGAGCAGCCCUGGCUCUGUAAAAGGAAAACAAAAACAUCACUGAGGCUGCGGGUUCAAGCCCCGACCAGCUCGGCCAAAUCAUCAUCAGCAACAACCCAGAGAGAAACAAUCUUUCUCCAAAAUCGCUCACUGCCCCCUUUAACCCAUCUGGGCACAGUAAUGUGCGCCGCAGCGAAACGGGUCAUCGUGCACAGAUGACAAAAUUUCGGGUUGACUCUUGCAACUUAACGUAAUGUCGGCGCACCUGCUGAUUGCACAGUUUUAAUAUAUACGCUCAUGCUGCAGAGCUCUGAUUUCACUGCCUUCCCGCGGCCGAUGGUAGCAGCCUUGAUGGAUUUGUACAGUUUGACUUAUUCAAAUAUCUUUAUCUUGUAUGCGAAGAUGUUAAAAGCAUUAAAAAGAAAAGUUGUGCAACAGUUAUUAAUGUUGGCAUGUAGCAUAGAGAACAUCACGUCAAUUUACAAACAGUAUCUCUCGGUAUUGACUCAUUGUGAAAUAUCCACCUUUAGGUUGUAGACUACUGGCUUGUACAUGUGUAUAUAAUAAAGUGCAUUUAUAUAUCAUGUUUACGCGAUAAGAGUAAACUAAAUAUUUCAGCAACCUUAAUUCUUGCUCAAGCAAAAACCAAAAAAAAAAUCUUUUGUGGCUUGUUCUAUGAUUCAAGCACCUUGUGCACUUUAGUGAAAUCCUAUUUUCAUUCUCAGUCGUUUAAAACCAUUCGUGGGUAAAACUCCCUCGGGGAGGAGAGAAUAUUCUCCAGUUUAUGUUUGAAUCGAUCAAUAUUUCGUACGGGAUCACAGCGAAAGAUGAUCUGAAGUCAGCCCAAGCUGUGAAUCUGUAGCCGUUGCCUUAUGAAAAAUAUUCACACAACACACGCCGGACUCUCCGGCAGUCGAACUCCUGUAAGAUGAAAUAAUAUAUUCAAAGAAAUGUCAAAAUUUUGAUUGUAAAUAUAUAAUUGUGUUGCUUUUCUGAAGCUGCUGUCCUGUCGUGCUGAAUCUGUGCCUUUUCCCUUAACAAUGUCUUAUUUUAUAUUUUUACUCUCCGAGGUUUGUUGGCUAGAUAAGACUCCGUGUAUCGAACUUUGACAAAAAAAUAAAUGCAACUGUAAAUACCA